AAAAAUGGGAGGUCAUGGAGGAUUAAACAUUCUACCUUAGAAAAAAUGGAAUGUCUAUAAUAUGGAGAAUAGAAAUAUAGUAGAAAGAGAUAAAAGGAAAGAUAGAGAAAGAAUUUAAAAGGAAAAAAGAAAGGAACAUAAAGAAUAAGCUUAAAAUAGAAUACAAAAGUUAAAGUAGAAAAGAAGAGAUGCAUCUCAUACUCCUAGUAGAAGUGCUAGUUAAAGUAAUAGUAAAAGUAGAAGUAGAAGUUAAAGUUAAAAAAAAUAACCUGAAUCUAAAAUCAGUAUAACUUAUAUAUAUUUUAAUUUAGAUGCUGAAUUAAGAGAAAUUUUGGAAGCCUAAUAACAUAUUAAUUUAUUUAAGGAGGAAGAAAAAUAUCUUAUUUAAAAAGAAAAUACAUAAGCUAAAAUUGAAUUAGAGAAAGAAUUCUUUAAAGAUAAGCCAUUUGAUUUGAGUACUAAAUUCUUAGGAUAAUAUGAUUAAGUUAAACCAUGGUAUAUACAAUAAAGAUAAAAUUAAUAAUAAACUUAAUUACAACAAAAUGUUAAAUAAUAAUUGUAAUCAUUCAAAGAGAAAAAAGAUAGUUAUUAUCAGAUAUUGGAUUUGAGUAAAAAAUAUUAAGAAGAAACUUUAAUUUCAUAAAUAGAAGCUAAGAAAGAAGAAGAUAUAAAUAAAGAAAAGAAGGAAGAAAUAAUUAAAGAUAAAGCUGAAAUUAAAGCUUAAAAGAAAAAAUAGAAAAAAUUAUAGAAACUUGGAGAAUAACUUAGAGAAUUAUUGGGUAGUGAUGAUUCAGAAUUGGAGGAAAAAAGAAAGAAGCAAAAAUAAUAUGAAAGAGAAAAAUUAAGAAAAGAAAGAUUAUAAAGAGAAAAAGUAGAGAGAUCUAGAGAAUAAAAACUACUUUCAUCUGUUUAUGAAUUCAAAAAAGAAUGA